GUGUGUUGAUGACUGACCAUUUCUACCUCUCAGCCUUCCAUCAUUUCAGUUUCAUUUUAAUCAUCUUGAUCCUUGUUAUCAGCUCUUCUGAUUGCUUGCAACCGGUUCUCAGAUCGAUCCAGGAAGAGGGUCGAGGUUCACGAUUCAAGGAAAUGGUUGAGACCAGGCGAAGUUCGUCCUCUUCCAAACGCCCCCCUCCUCCCCCCUCCUCACCUCUACCCCAUGGAAAGCGGUCCAAGGUCAGGGUUUAGGCUCCUCCUACAUACAUAUUGAUAGAUUUGUGUAUAAUCGUGAAAAUGAAUUUAUUGAGCUUAACUCCUAGCUUUGUAGGCUACUGAGUCGUUGUCAUCCACGGAUGACAUGCUCGGGGAGAAGACGCCGGGUGCGGUGAAUGAAUCAGGGCCGGAAUCGGCGGAGCAAGAGUUUCGUUCAGCUGAUCCGGAUGGAACCUGUGCAUUGAAGUCGGCAGACGCGCCGCUCUGUAUGAAAUUGCCCGAGGCUUCACUGGGUGACCAUUCUGCUAUUGAUGCGGUGAAGUUGAAUUCAAAUGGGUCUGGACUGAACAAGGAAAAUAAGCUGCAGCUGAAGCCUACUCUUGGAACCGCAUGGGGAAAACUUCUCUCUCAAUACCCACAAAUUCCUCACAUUCUUUUGCAUCAAUCUACUUUGACUGUUGGACAAGGCCGCCAAUGUGAUUUGUGGGUGGGUGAUCCAUCUGUCAGUAAAUCUUUAUGCAAUCUGAAGCACAUUCAGACUGAGAAAGGGAGUUCUAUCACACUACUUGAAAUUAGCGGGAAAAAAGGUUCUGUACAAGUAAAUGGUAAGAUUUAUCCGAAGAAUUCUACUGUGCCGCUAAAUGGUGGUGAUGAGGUGAUUUUUGGCUUGUCUGGAAAGCAUGCUUAUAUCUUUCAAAAGCUUACCGGUGAAGACAUAUCUGCUGCAAGCAUACCUCCUCCAGUGAGCAUCUUAGAAGCCCAUCGUGGACAAAUGAAAGGUGUUAAUUUUGAGGCGAGGUCAGGGGACCCGUCUACAGUAGCCGUUGCUUCUACUUUAGCUUCUUUAUCAAAUCUGAAGGAAGAGUUGUUGCUUCUCCCCCCAUCAGAUUGUAAUGGUGAUAUAAAACAAGAGACUGAGGUCUCAGCACUGCCUGCUGAUAGUGAAGAUCCAGAUAGACAUGAUUUAGACUCUGACCUGAAGGAUUUCUCUGAUCAUAAUGAUGUACCUCUUGAUGAGAAGUCAGGUGCUAUAUCCCCUGAAUGUGGCAAUGAGAACUUGAAUCCUGAGAGUGGUGGUGCAAUAGAUUCUUAUGAUGGAGAAACUGGGAAGGAAGCCGAGGCACCUCGGGAAAUCAGGCCACUCAUCCGGAUGCUUACUGGAUCUGCUUCUGAGUUUGAUCCGAGCGGCAACAUAUCCAGAAAUGAUGACCAUCAGAAAGACCUGCUUAAAGAUUUUGAUCCUCCUGUUUUAACAUCAACCAAGCGCCAAGCAUAUAAAGAUGGACUACAGCAAUCAAUACUUGAUCCCAAUAAUAUUGAGGUCUCGUUCGACAAUUUCCCUUAUUACUUGAGUGAAAUUACGAAGAAUGUUCUGAUUGCUUCAACUUACAUACACUUGAAAUGCAACAAGUUUGUAAAGUAUGCCUCUGAUAUUUCCACAGUGUGCCCAAGGAUUUUGCUAUCUGGUCCGGCAGGCUCCGAAAUCUAUCAGGAGACUUUGGCUAAGGCACUUGCAAAACACUAUUGUGCUAGGCUUCUAAUUGUUGAUUCUCUUUUAUUGCCCGGUGGGUCAACAAAAGAAGUUGAUCCUGGAAAAGAGAGCUCAAAGCCUGAUAGAGCAAGUAUGUUUGCUAAACGCGCUGCACAGGCAGCAGUACUACGACUCAAUAAAAAGCCAUCUUCAAGUGUUGAAGCUGAUAUCACUGGUGGUUCAGCUAUAAGCUCUCAUACUCUGACAAAGCAGGAAGCUUCUACUGCUUCAUCAAAGAACUACACAUUCAAAACUGGUGAUCGUGUCAAGUAUGUUGGUUCAUUACCAUCAGGGUUUUCUCCUUUGCAAGCUCCUGCAAGGGGUCCAGCGUAUGGGUAUAAAGGUGAAGUGCUUCUUGCGUUUGAAGAAAAUAGUUUGUCAAAGAUAGGAGUCAGAUUUGAGCGGCCAAUUCCUGAAGGCAAUGAUCUUGGUGGACUCUGUGAGAAUGAUCAUGGAUUUUUCUGUGCUGCGGACUUAUUGCGCUUAGUUAACUCCAGCACUGAUGAUAUUGACAGACUGGCAAUCAAUGAACUUUAUGAGGUUGCUUCACAAGAGAGUAAAAAUGGCUCCCUAAUUUUGUUUGUGAAAGACAUAGAGAAGCCUGUUAUGGGAAUUCCUGAGAUCUUUGCAGCAGUCAAGUUUAAGCUUGAAAAGUUGCCAGAGAAUGUUGUUGUGAUAGCAUCCAAUUCCCAAUCAGACAACCGGAAGGAAAAAUCUCAUCCGGGCGGGUUUUUGUUUACAAAAUUUGGGAGCAACCAGACGGCAUUGCUUGAUCUUGCAUUUCCGG